AAUUAACUAAUUUGUAUUAGUAUUCCACGGGAUUAGCACCAUGCUUUUACUGUUUAUUUAAAUUGUUUCUGUAAUUUCUUUUGAUUGAAGCAAAUAAAAAUGAGUGCUGGUGCAAAAAAACUCAGCCUAAAGUUGGAGUAUGGAAAAAACGGCAAGGGCAAGAAUAAACAGCAGGAUAAAAUUGCACAGUGGGGUGUGAAAAAAUUCGAUCCAAUUGCUCAAAGCAAUGAGCCUAAAAGUAAUCCCUUCCGAGGACCUAGCACUAUGAAGAAAUUUGAUCAUGACAAUGGUAUGAGAAAAAAAUUCAAUAGCCGAAAGCCAUUUAAACCAAAGGCACCGCUUAACGUGAAGCCGGAGGAUCCUACGCCAUGGCAUAAAUUUAAAGACGAAAUAAAUAAUAAACAACGCGAAGAUGAACACACUUCCAAACAAGCCAAUUGGGACACAGACGAAGCUAAGAAGGUUUUGCAACAACGCGAACAAAACUAUCGCAAAUUGUUGAUGGAACAGAAACGAAAUGAAGCAACUAGUUGGGAAGAUUUUGGUGAAGGUAGUGAAAAGAAAGAUGAAGUCGGCAAGUCCACGUCCAAAGCCAAAAACAAAAAAGAAAAACGAAAGCAUAAGAAAUCCAACGAUGCAAACGACGAAGAAGGUCUUGUAGACACUAGCAGUCCCAAGAAACAAAAGCAAUCAUAUGAUCCAACUCCUUUAGUCGAUAAGCAAACAUUGAAAGAUUUCGAUGCCUCAAAGUUAGAUUUUAAGCAAAAGGAUAAAAUUCGACAAAUGUUGACAAAGGCUACAAUGAUUCGCAAAGGCUCUGUUGGAGAUGCUCUAAAACACUUUCAAAAUAAAAAGAAAAAACUACAUAAGAAUAAGUAGUUAAUGCUUAAGAUGUA